CUCGCAGUCAGCGCCGUCAACUCCUGCUGACGGGCACCCCUGUUUUGCUCUGUCGCUCCUCCACGGCCGCUCCACCACAUAGAUACAUUAAUGUCCCAGUGACGAGCAGUUGUUUCAGGCAAUGCCGACAGCGACGGCAGCUAAAUCAUCACCCAUCCAGUAAAGCCCACUUAAUCUGCACCCAAGCACUAUCAAAGCUCUAUUUGACAUGACCAUCAGAUAAACAAGAAAAACAUGGAAGAACCUUCCGCAGACGUGCUCUUCGAGCAAUGCAACAACUCGGACUUCCGAGAGAUGCCCCUAUGUCGCAGCCUGAGGAACAGCAGUGAUGAGGAGGCCGCUGACCGUUUGUCCGAGACCAUGACCCAAAUUGUGUCCAUCAUCGUUCCCAUUCUCUUUGGCAUCAUCAUUAUCAUCGGACUGAUUGGCAACGCACUGGUUGUGGUCGUUGUGAGCGCUAACGCCCAAAUGCGUUCCACCACCAACCUCCUGAUCAUCAACCUGGCCGUCGCUGACCUCCUCUUCAUCAUCUUCUGCGUGCCCUUCACUGCCAGCGACUACGUCUUGACUUACUGGCCUUUCGGCGACGUCUGGUGCAAAAUCGUCCAGUACCUGAUCGUGGUCACUGCAUACGCCAGUGUCUACACCUUGGUGCUCAUGUCCCUUGACAGGUUUCUAGCAGUCGUCCACCCCAUCAAGUCCAUGUCUGUCCGAACCGAGAGACACGCGGUCAUCGCCAUCUGCGUCCUCUGGGUGUUGAUCGUCUUCAGCUCGGUGCCGGUUUACUACAGCCACGGAGAGAGGCAUUACCCCUUUUUGGAUGAGGUGCACAUCGUGUGCGUUUUCCUCAACGAAGAGUACCAGUGGGCCGCCUUCCAGAUCAGCUUCUUUGUUACGUCCUACGUGCUGCCCCUGGCCCUCAUCUGCGGCCUCUACCUCUGCAUCUUGCUUCGUCUGUGGCGAGGAGUGGCCCCUGGGGGUCGUGUCUCGGCCGAGAGCCGUCGGGGCAAGAAAAGGGUUACCAGAAUGGUAGUGGUCGUGGUGGCUACUUUCGCCAUCUGCUGGUGUCCCAUCCAGAUCAUCCUGGUCAUGAAGAGCCUGGAAAUGUACGAAAUCAGCGCCUUCGGAAUCAUGGUGCAGAUCAUCAGCCACGUGCUCGCCUACAUGAACUCGUGCGUCAACCCCAUCCUCUACGCUUACCUCUCCGAGAACUUCCGCAAGGCUUUCCGAAAAGUGAUCUACUGUUGUCCGGGAGGCACUGCCAUUGGUGGCCGAUCUCCUGGCGGCGCAAUCUCAGCGGUCAACAAUGAAGGCGAGGGUCGCAACGGCCGUGACCCGGAGGAUACACGAGCACUCAACGCCACCAAAACCACUAGAACUAAUGGCAACAAUGAUAUUUUGUAAAGAAUUAACAAAUCUACUAAAGAAAGAACUGAAAAACUCGAAGUGAGAUGUUAAGUUAGAAACUGAUGUGGACUAGAAGUGUGUGGUGCCUGGUGCGCUUUGCCCUUCUUUCUGAUCGUCUCUUGAACUUUUAAUUCCCUCUCCGAGCCGCAAAUUUGAACCGCCUCUGUUCGAUGUGAUCGCUGUUCCUCAAAAGAAAAAAAAACAAAAACAAUUCCAAUAAUCGUUUUUGGUGGUCGGAGAGGGGCGCCAUGCAGCCACCCGAUGGUCAACUCCAUUCGUGAGAGGUCCAGCAGCUGCGACGGAGAGAUGCCCUCGGCGCCACAGUGCUGCGAGGGAGAGACUGCUUGUGUUAAUUACACACCUAGGGAAUGUGCUCAAGUCGAGUGCCUAACAACACUACUUUUAUUGAUUCUAGAAAGGAACUAUUAUAUAAUAUCUAUUAACGAAUAAAAAACACGAGGUGUUUUCGCCGCGAGAUUUCCUCCGACUCGAUCCCCUAUUGAAUUCAAAGAAUUCUGAGCCCCGUGCUAUGAUCUCGCUCUGGUCAUAAAGAGUCGAGUCUUUGGAAAUCUCACUCAACUCACCCUUCGAUAAGAUUAAUGUUUUAAUUGUUUUGGAAAAAAACCAAUGGCUCAUUAUUCUCGUUAAGCUGUUUUUUGUCUCGAUCGUUGAUGUUUAACGCAUUUUGAAUGUAUAAAAACCGUAAAAAGCUGAAAUUCCAAUCGCAUACCCUUUGAGCCGGGACAUGCGAUCGCAAAUUUCAAGCCAGCUGUUUGUAGACGUAUAACGUGUAAAUAAAAAAAAACUUGCUUCCAUCUGAGAAACAAAUUGUAGCAUAUAAAAUAUUAAAUGUAUAAUAGGGAGAAUGUAAUAAAAAAAGUUGAAAGUCUCCUAAGCGUUGAAGAUAAAAAUAUUGUUUUAUGUAAAAAAGAAUAAAUAAAGAACGUGGAACAUCAAACGUGAUGUUAUUUUGUGUAUAAAUAAAGAGACGGCUCCUCCCCGGAAAAAGAGAUGAUAGGAGCUCAUCUUUUUGUGUCUCAAAAUCGAUAGACUACUAUUUCACUGUUAUCAGCAAAACUGACUUAAAAUAAAGAUGUCUUAUCUAAUUGGUGGCGGAGAA